CAGAUCGGGUGGGGUCUUUACACUCUUUCCGAUUUUUUUGAAGAUGAUGAGUUCAGUAAAUAAUUUAAAAAAUGUAUUUCUACAUGUACGUAUCACAGUUUACUGUGGAGGAGCUUCCUAUCAUGUCGAAACUAACCAGGCUCUCCAUCUAUCCCAUGGACGCGUACCGAAUUCGUGGCUGCUUUGAUGAGGACCACUUUCCAAAAUUAAAAACCCUCUCUUUCCACAACGGAAUGCUAGAGUCGCGCUUGAUAACCCAUCUUAUUUUCUGGAGGCGCCACAGAGGAGUUCAAUCUCUCGCGUUGACCAUGGAUUUCAGAGAGGAGGUGGACAUGGAAUUCAGUGACACAAUCAUCCGCUUAUUUCCUGCGGUUAAGGAAUUCGAUUUCGUUAUGGAGUUUAAUUACACUCCCGAUUUAAGCCGGAUGCUGAGCCCGUUCGGAAUGUGGCGUUUGAAACGGGCCAACGUUCUCGCGAAAAAUGUGGGACAAUCCUCCACGAUGAUUCAAGUCCUGACACCUAUUUUGGUUUGGAAAGGCUUUAAAACUGUCCAUUUCUCGUACCUUUGCGUGACGGAGGAUGACUUUUUCCCCUACAUUCAAAAUCUCAUCUUGCACUGUGAAGGAUUUAAGAGCGUAGAAAUCUCGGGACGGGAGGAACCGGAAAUCGUGGAGCGAAUACGACCCAUUUUUGAAGCGAGUGGUGCACCCAUUCAUUUUACGGGAGGCGUGGUUCACAAGGUGAGAGGAUGAGAGGAUGAGAUUAGAUACAUAAAAACUA